AUGGCCACUGGCUUCCACCGCAGCUGGGGCUUGCAUCGGAUGCCUACCCAGGGGCCCGACGCGAGGAGGGUUGAUGUCAUUGCGACGGACAAUGCCUUCUGGGCCAAGGUCAGAGUCGUCGCCGACCUCGGCGACGGCAUCGACGUUGAGAGGCGUUGGAUGCGGGGCUGCCCUUAUCACGAGGAGGAAUGCAUUUGCUUUGCGAAGAAGGGCAAUAACUUCCAGUGCCCAAACCAGCUCAAGUCUUGCAGAGGCCCUCAGCCUCGCGCGAGGCUUCAUGACACCCUCGACAGAUGGCGAAAUAACCAGAUCGCGCUCCGCACGAACUCCGACGAUGGCCCGACAGGGGAGAUAUACCGAGCAACGCAUGCGGCAUUCGGCCACCUCUUGGGCCUCGUCAAGCACACGUUUAAGUUCAUCGUUCACUUGCCGUAUCGUUUCUGGGAAGCUCGGGACCCAGCAGUCGCAAGGACUCUUCUUGAUAUGUAUCGUGAGGGCGUGGGGCGAGGUCUUCAGUAUCACCGAGUGGCCGCUCGUUGCUGCGAGGGCGACCUGAGCGCCGACUUCAUCGACCACUGCGAGGGCCGCGGCCUGCCCCCUCGACUGGACGCCGAGCUCAAGGCGCUCGAGUGCGCCAAGUUCGACGGUGCUAGCGCUGAGGCUGUUCACGGGCAGUUGGCGCGCAUUGCGGUUGUAUCAACCGCUUCGUCAUGUCGUUUCAAGGCCAGCGGAGCACGCGCGAAGCAGGACUGGACGGAAUGCGGCCUUUAUUGUUCUCUCGGUUGGGCGAGCAGACCCACUGAGUUUUGGAAUAAGUACAAGGCUGUCGUUCAGAGAGGCAUUUGCAGGAGGGGCCAGUUGACGCCCAAACGCGUCGGCGAUGCAGACUUUUGCGCGGACGUUUACAGAUACGGGUGGCAUUCUCAACAUGACUGGAGCGAGCUCAGCACGGGGAAGCCGGAUCCUCGGAGGGCGCAGGCUUCAACCACCUUCGGUCGGAUCAAGAAGGACUUCAUAACGACGCUGGUGAAGCCUCACCAGCUGUACUCCGUGCUGACUGACCAGGAGAUGAUCGAUGAUGCCAGGCUUCACCCAUUGGGCGGUGAUGGUGAGGUCGGCGACCCAGUGCGCGAGUUGUCGGCCUUCGAGGUGAUUGACUUGCACCCGAAUGCGAAGCGCGUCCCCGAAGCCUACGGCGCGAAGACGAUGUUCUGCCCUGCCAUGGUCAGGAAAUGGAUCUUACAUGGUGCUGGACCUUUGCCUCAGUCGCCUGUUCAACUCACGCUUCGUCCAUCUAGCGAUGGCCCCGCUGCGAUGGACAUCCGUGCCAUGUCGUCUUGGAAGAAGCGCAGGGAUUCACUUCGCAUGUGGGCCGAUCGCGCCCCGUCCGAAAUCCACGGAUGCCUCGACGUCUCUAAGCCAGUGGACUGGAACGACAUGAUGCCCUUACCGUGGGCGCCUGCGACGUGCCCAGCUGCGACGACGGUUGCAAAGAUGGAGGAGCUGGGGUGGGUCGAAGGUGAGCCACAUCACCGCCCGCUCCCCAUUGCAGACAAACUCAUCAGUUACGAAGACGCGACCAGUCGGAAGUCAUACCUCCUUGCGUUGAUGGACGCGGACUCUUUACAUGCCCGAGGGUGUGAUGCUAUUCGCGCUGGCCAGAGCGAGCUGCAUUGCCGCUGCCCUCUCAACGUCGACCCGAGGACGCCGCCCAGCCACAAUGCCGAGUACUACCGCAAGGCGCUGAAGCAAGGUGGCUUCGGGGACCUGGCGGAGAUCGUGGUUGGCGGCGACGGCGUGGCGGCGCCCAUCCGCGCGAUGGGCGCUGCGCUCGGAGCUGGGCCCCGUCCUCUGCCAGCUGCUGGAGAGGAUUCCUUGGGCGCCCAGGUGCAUCGGGAGGGGGGGCGUAGCCCCGUGCCAAGCCCGAAGGGUCACACUUAA